GCUCUUCAUCAUGAGGUCCUUCGUCCUACUGUUCUUCACCCUGCUGCUGGUGUCCCACGGAUCUUCAGCAGUCAUCACAGGGAGCGAGAACUGUCAUUCAGCAUCUCAUCCAGACACUCAAGACAAUAAACCACCACCGAUCCUGAGGUGUUUUGUUGAGGCCUGUGAGAAGGACUCCCAGUGUGGAGGAAAGAUGUGUUGUGCGGUGAGUUUGUGGAUCCGCAGCCUGCGUAUUUGCACACCCGCGGGACAGGAAGGAGACGACUGUCACCGUAUGAGCCACAAGAUUCCUUUCAGUGGGAAAAGACUCCACCAUACUUGCCCCUGCCUGCCCAACCUGUCGUGUAUCACCAUCGAGGAGGGAAGGUCCAAAUGUCUCUCACCAUACAAGUAUCCAAACUACUACCUCUGA